GCAGUUCGUGUGUGUAUAGACUUGUGUGUGUGUGCGUGCGCGUACUUGCGCGCGCAUGUGUGAUCGGUUUAACGCGGCUGUUUGCCUGCUCGGUUUUGAUUAGCUCGGAUCAGUACCCGACCCACUGAGCCACUAUGCCGUCCACCCCACAGGAGCAGAACCAGGAGCAGAACCAGGAGCAGAACCAGGAGCAGAACCAGGAGCCCAGCGAGGAGACGAAGGGGGAAGUGAAGGCGGAGAACGAAAAUAAAAAGGAGGAGCCGAGAAAGGAGAAAAAGAAGGAGGAAAAGAAAGAGGGAAAGGAGGAGAAAAAGGAGGAGAAGAAGGAGUCCUGGAAGGAUUUUAUUUACAACCCAGGAACCGGAGAGUUUCUGGGCCGAACCGCCAGCAGCUGGGGUCUCAUCUUCCUCUUCUACCUUGUCUUUUAUGGAUUUCUGGCGGGAAUGUUUGCUCUCACCAUGUGGGUGAUGCUACAGACUCUGGAUGAGAACGUGCCCCGACAUCAGGACCGAGUGGCCAAUCCAGGUUUGGUGAUUCGACCUCAUGCAGCUGAAAUCAUUUUCAACCGCAGUGAUGUGACAAAUUACAAUAAAUACACUGAACAACUGCACGAGCUGCUGCAGCCGUAUAACGACAGUGUUCAGGAGCAGAACGACCUGUGUUUGGUGGGAGAGUACACAGAACAGGACGAUGAAGCCACCAAGAAGGUUUGCCAGUUCAAACGCAGCGUGCUCAGUCAGUGCUCGGGUUUAAAUGAUGCCACGUUUGGAUACGCUGAGGGGAGACCCUGUAUCAUCAUCAAGAUGAAUCGGGUGGUUGGACUGAAGCCGCGAGGGGAUCCUUAUAUCAACUGCACAGUCAAGGGAGACACUCCACUAGCGGUGCACUAUUUUCCAAAAGAAGGUCAUCUGGAUAAAAUGUAUUUUCCGUACUAUGGAAAGAAGCUUCAUGCUGCCUAUGUUCAGCCUCUGGUUGCCAUCAAGUUGAUGUUAAGGAAGGAGGAUUUAAACGCAGAGCUGGUGGUCGACUGUAAACUUGAGGGAACCAACCUGCGUAAUGAUGACGACCGGGACAAGUUUCAAGGUCGCGUCACUUUUCGGGUCAAAGUCUCUGAAUAGCCGAACCUGUCAGAUGAGAUAAAAGCACAAACCGAGUUUACAGUAAAAAUAACAAAGACACUUGAAUCCAGACCUGAUUUAAUCCUAGAGGUCUGAAUUGGGUUCAACUUCUUCAGACUCGAAUGAGGAAACCAGAUCUGGACCACUGAGAGCCAUGUGGUUACGCAGCCGGUUUGGCAAAGACCUGAUCCUGUUUCAGAACUGAUCCUAGUUAGCCUUAAAAGUGGUCUGGUCGUCCAGAUCUUUUUCUUAGUAGACCAAACCCAAACCUGAGUGAGUCUGGUUCAACCUGUUCAGACUGUUGGAGCAGAUCAGGUCUAUGGAAGCAUGUGAACCAUCAAUGACGUAUUGUUUUUAAUUGUGUGUAAAUGUGAUGUCACAGCAAUCAAAUCCCAGUAGUGUGUCACUAAGUUUAGCACACAAAUGUGAAUAGCAGCUGCUCAGUAAUCAGAGUACUCCACUGUGGAUUGAACUGUCUGUGUCUGCCGUCUGACUGCCAAACGUUUCAUAAAACUCAUAAACAUUGCUUGUGCUUUGGCUUACAUGCAUUAACAUCAGCGUGUGGAGUACUGUGAUCACUGAUUGACACAGCAGACAAUAAGAAACAUUUUAUUUCAGAAGAGACAAAGUAUUUUAUGUGAGAUUAAAGUUUGUUUGAGUAUAGAAGAAUAAAAAUAAAACACUGCCUGUGGAGAUAAAGGCAGACACAACACUUCAGUAACAGUUCACUGCCUCAGUGCAGCAGCUUUUUGUAAAGCUUCCACAAGAGAAGAGAAGUUCAGCUCCCUCUUCAAACCCUCAUUGUACUGCAGAGAUGUUAUUUUCAGGAUUUUUAUAUUUAAAAUGUAGAAAGUCAUGGAUAUGAGAAUUUUCUCUCUAUUUCCAAAGUAAUAUUGUAUACUGAGUACUGUAUGAGUAUCAACCCUCAGCAGAGGUUUACGUGUGCUAUGUGUUUACUUCACACUGUUGGUCAGUUUAUUUGUGUCUGACUGCUGAAGGAAAGAAAAUGAGCAACGAGAAGAAGCACCUACAGCUGCAAAUAAAACUUGUGAAUGACUGGGAUUUAUUAUUAUUGGGUUUUAUUGUAUGUCCUGUAUUUGUAUUUUAAUUUGGUCAGUACAUUAAAAAGGAUAAUGUUUUCAUCAGGAUUAAUAAAAUGUCAAUAUGCACCGAA